AUGUCAGAAAGCCCUACUACUGCUUCACGAAACCAAAGAGAUCCUGGUAGUCCAACUAUCACGGGCAUCCCCUCCAUCCUCACAGUUCUUCGCGAGCCUGAGUCUUUCUCCACUAUAGACGACCGGCGAGGGCAACAGUACCGACAACAAUCCCCGGAGACUGCCUCCAAGUUGGCGCGUGAGACCCUCAUUAGCAUGUCUAAGGCAGCUUAUCCACUUGGCACGCAACAUAACUAA